GCUGGAGGGUGCUUGCUAGAGGAUUUGAGGAUCUUGUAGUAGGUUGGAGGGGCUGCUGAAAUAAUCAGAUUAGUUUGGACCAGUUGCUUGAGGUCUUUGUGAGGAACAUAAGACAUAUAGAUAAGCACCUGAGCCUCAAGACAAACUUGUGGUGGAAGAGGAAAAGAGGGUGACAGAGAUAAAAGCAAGAGAUGGGCUAUGAAAUAGCAAGAUUUGUGUCUUCUGACAUUGAUAAAGACUUGAUUUGUUCAAUCUGCAUGUGUGUUUUAGAAAAUCCUGCUGAGACGCCGUGUGAGCACAGCUUUUGUGAGCGGUGCAUAAAGGAGUGGCUGAGAUUUCGUCGCCGCUGCCCCCUUGACCGUGUGCAUAUCAACGCAAAUCAGCUGUGCCAGCCGAGCCGUAUGCUCAUCAACCAGCUGGGCAGGCUGGUAAUCUCCUGCGACUUCAAGUCGGAAGGCUGCGAUCAGACGAUGCCGCUCGAGGUGCUGGCCGCGCACCGGCUCAAGUGUCCGUGUAACCCACGGCCUAAUGACGCUCCGGAGCAGGCGGCCCGGCCGGCGCUGCCGCCCCGGCACGAUGCGGGCGCCUACGCCCAGCAGCAACAGCAGCAGGAGGAGGAAUCGGUGGACACGGGCGUGGCCGUCGGCCUAGUGGCGCUGGCCGGCAUCGUUGGCACCGUGGUGGCCGGCGUCAUGGGCUACCAGCGCGGCCGGUCCCGCGGCUCCGAGAACUGAGCUGGAGUUGGGGUCGCUGCCGGCGCCGGCCCCCGUCCCCGCCCCCGCCCCAGGCGACGGACGAUGGCGCCGGUCAGCUGGCGACCCCGCCUCACCGCGCGGGCGGCGAGGCCCCUGCGUGGGGCGUGAGUCAGGGGCUGUGGUGCGGCAUGGGUGGCGGGCGCUGCGCUCCGCUGAACGUUAGAGCCCGGCGGGUAAUGCGACUGGUUGCGCAGGUGACAGACGUCGCUCAUGACGGUCCCGUGGUGAGCGCCAGUGGCGGGUCUUGCGGCUGCUGACGGUCACAACUUGUAUCACGCAGCGUCACCAGCUGAACGCGAGGCGUUCUUAAGUCGGGCUAUCGUACUGAAGUGGGUUGUGAUAACGAUUGCUUUCCUUGUGCGCAGGCGAAGGCGCUGUUUUUAAUGGCGCAUGUGCGUGGACGGCGCGCGUCUUACUUUUUACAACAUAUCUAACUUGGCGGCCAAACCGCUCCUACUCCCGCGGUAGAUCGUGUGGGUAAAUGGGCGUUAUAAACCGUUGCAGUAUAUUUAUGGGUACAUGUCAAGUUGCAGAGGUGUCUGACGUGUAUGAUAGGGUCUCGGUCAGGCCCAACCAUGUCCCGACGUUGCCGGCGUGAUUAGGGCAGUGUUAACGUUGCUUUCUCUCCUGUUGGUGCCCAUGUGAUCGCUUGGACGGAGUGACCGGAAAAUACAUAUAUGGAACAG